AAAAACAUCAAACAAAAAAGUGAAUCUGGGAGACAAAUGUUUUCAGUUGUUUAAUAGCAGAUGGUAUACUACAUUACACACACUUAGCCUGGCUUCGUUGAAGGUUCUGGUUCUUAGUUCUGAAGGUUUCCUUAGUUGCUUAACUAUUACAAAAACUAAGCUUGCAAAGAAGAAAGGAGAACUUCUGAAUGACUGCUUCAACUUGAUGAAGACAAUGGAGAGGAUCGUCCUGAGCCACCUCUGUCACCUAGUGAGUGAUGUGAUGGAUCCUCUGCAGUUUGCCUACAGACCUGACAUUGGUGUGGAAGACGCUGUCAUCUACCUGCUGCACAGAUGCCUUUCACACCUGGAGAACACUGCGAGCACUGUGAGAGUCACCUUCUUCGACUUCUCCAGUGCAUUCAACAAUAAACCUGAAACUUUGGACUCCACAUUCUGGUCACUUUAUUUUGCACAAAUUUUCAUCCAGCUCAAUGAUUAUCAUCAUUUCUCCUAUAUUAUGAUUGCACAUUUCACAACUGCACAUUUUCUAUUUAUUACAGAGACUUUUUUUAAAUGCUGAUUGCUGCACUUUAACUUUGUUACUUCUGUGCCUUUCUUAUAUUUUUAUUUUUCUCUUUUGGUUGCUUGUUUCUUGCUGCUGUAACAUGUGAAUUUCCCACAAGUGGGAUAAAUAAAGUCUAUCUUAUCUUAUCUUAUCUUAAAUACAGUUCUUAAUUGUAUGCUGCCCUCUAGAUGUAUUGAACUGACAUUACUUCAGUCAUGUUUUUGCUGCCUAUACAGACUUAACUGAAGAAAAUUCUGACACAAGACAUUUGGCAUUUACUUGAUGACUGUUUGUUUAUUUGAUUAAGUAUAUAAGUUUAUAAGUAAUUAUCCAGUGACAGUAGACACAUUCAUUCAUUUACUCUUAUAAAGAGAGGAGCAUAGACUAUACUGAGAGGAAUUAUCGUCUGCUGAGAAGACAAGGAUAGGCCUACUAAACUGAAAAUCCACAGCAACCACACUGGAGGUAGCCCUGAUUACUGUACCUAUUUAUAAUGAAAUUUUAAAUGUGAAAAAUACCAUUUUAGGUCUGUUGUUAAGUGACUUUAGAUUUUUUUUUUUUAUUGACAAAUAGAAACAGCAGAUAUGAGCAACAGAAAACACCAACUUAGCCAGGGGGGUUAGAGCACAGACAGAAAUCAAUGAACAAUUCAUAAUGAGAAGAUGUUAUAAAGGGUACACAAGUUCAGUGUUUGGACAGCUUUCUUGUUCUUAAAGUAUAAGACUGAAUUGAUGUAUUGUUUGAUUUCAGUUUCAAAGGUUGUUUAUUGUUGGAAAAUAUGGAUUUAAGGAUAUGUGAUUUUGCAAGUAAUAGUAUCAACCUUAUGAUAUAAUACUGAUUUCUUUUGGAUGAAGGGUAUGUAAGAAAGAUGAACAAUGUGUUUUCAUAAGAAAGUGGAAAUUCAACAUCAAUAAAUCUAGAGAUAAAUGUACAGAUAUCAACCAAAAACACAAAAUAAAUUAAAAAAAUAUAUAGUCUUCUAAAAUCUUCUGGGAUCAGUUGACAGAAAGAGCAGUCCACAUCAAUGUCCCUUUUAAAUUUUUGUUUAAAAAAAAAAAAAAAGCCUUUGGAGGGAUAAAACAAUGAAUUAUCUUGAAUGUCACCUCCCUGAUUUUAUUUGUAAUCAGAUAUUUAGCAAAUUGCAAAUUUGAUGUCAGGUUACCCCAGUGCGAUUACAUUUGGAACAGAGACAAAUUCCUUUUGGAAUAAUAAUCCUCUUCUCAGGGGAUAAACAGAUUCGACCAAAUCAGUACCAACAGGAUCCAGUGGCUCGUUAGGUGACAAUACAUUCAUUGCAAAAUCUUUUGCUACGUCAAAUGGGAAAACCACAAACUUGCUCGUCGGUUGGUUGGUUAACCUGUGAAUCCACUUUGACCUCACCGAAAAUCAGGAAGCAAAACCCUCAAAUACAAAGAUUCACACUUGUCAAGAUAGAUCAUACCUCGCCUUUAAAAACUCCAGCUCUGCUAAUCGUAACAACUUACCAUUAAACCUAGAUAUUAAAGAGCUACAGUCAUUGAAUCGCAUAUAUAACAGCGCAGCACAUUCACUGGUACUAAUGACAUCAUUCAUUUUUCUCUAGAUAACUAAACUAAUGUCUCUAAAGGUCAAGGUUUUGGCUUUGAUUGCGUGAAAUUAAGCAAACGCAGAAGUAAGCAUCAGUGAACUCUCUUGCUUCCUUCAUGUAGCUCUGUACGUGCAUGUGCGUCAACGCAUCAUGUGCUCCCCUCUCGCUCCUCUCACUCCAGACAGAUUCACAACCUUAGACAUGGCUCCGUGAAUAGACACAUGGCAGCUAACAACCAUGAACCUAAAACAACUCACCAAAAAUUGACGAUGCUUAAAUAGUAGCCUUAUUCCGUUCCUCUCGAAAUAAUUUCAACUCCUAAGAUAUCCACGGCUAUUGUUGCCGGUCACUGUCCGGGACAGAGGCGCACUGCAACAUCUACCAGUAUAAUUUCCUCUGAUAUUUCGCAUUUUUGUAGUUAACUUUUUAAGUUUACGUCUCUUCCAACAGAAGCUCAACAUGGGUGUUCAAGGUCUCCAAGAGUACAUUGAAAAGCAUUGCCCCAGCGCUGUGGUGCCGGUGGAGCUUCAGAAGCUGGCUCGGGGGAGCAUGGUUGGUGGUGGCCGGCAGAGACCUCAGAGUCCGCUGAGACUGCUGGUGGACGCCGAGAACUGCCUCCAUCGGCUCUACGGAGGCUUCUACACCGACUGGGUCAGCGGGGGCCAGUGGAACCACAUGCUGGGGUACCUGGCUGCCCUCUCUAAGGCAUGCUUCAACGGCAACAUUGAGCUCCUGGUGUGCUUCAAUGGCGCCCUGGAGAAAGGCCGUCUUCACGAAUGGGUCAAACGGCAGGUGAAUGAGAGGCAGACCGCUCAGCAAAUCAUCAGCCACGUCCAGAAUAAGGGCACCCCUCCGCCCAAAGUCUGGUUCCUUCCUCCCGUGUGCAUGGCUCACUGCAUCCGACUGGCGCUCCUCAGGUUCCACGUCGGAGUUGUCCAGAGCAUCGAGGACCACCACCUGGAAGUGAUAGCCUUGUGCAGGGAGAAUGGUUUCCACGGCCUGGUGGCUUAUGACUCUGACUACGCUCUGUGCAACAUCCCAUACUACUUCAGUGCCCAUGCCCUCAAACUGAGCCGCAACGGCAAAAGCCUCACCACCAGCCAAUACCUGAUGCACGAAGUGGCACGGCAGCUUGAUCUUAACCCAAAUCGUUUUGUCAUUUUCGCCUCACUUUUAGGAAAUCACAUAUUGCCUGAUGAAGACUUGGCUGCCUUUCACUGGAGCUUACUUGGUCCAGAGCAUCCAUUAUCAUCUUUGAAGGUGCGUGCCCACCAGCUUGUACUCCCACCCUGUGAUGUUGUAAUCAAGGCUGCAGCUGACUACGUCCGCAAUAUUCCAGACAUCACUGACCUGGAGUCCAUUGCUAAGGAUAUCUUCAAGCAUUCGUCGUGCACUGAUGACAAAGUCAUACGCUUCAAGAGGGCAGUGGAGUACUACUCCUUGGCCAGCAAGCCCCCCUCAUACCUCCCUCCACAGUUAGUCAGACCAAAACACAUAGGAGUGCCUGUUGCAGUGCCAUCUCCAAAAAUCCUCAACAUUCCACAGGUGCCGCUGCCUGAAAAACCUGAGGUCCAGCUUUCGUACCCAGACCCUCUGGUGGAGCGCAACCUGGUCCUGGACACGGUGGACAAAGGCCUCCCAGAGCAGAGCAGUUUCAGCAACAUUCCUCAUGAGGGGAAGCACACACCACUGUAUGAGAGGUCCUCUCCCAUUAAUCUGGGCCAGGCCAGUAGUCCCAACCACACAGAGGCUGCUUUCUUCAAUGCCUCCUCCACUUCCUCCUCCUCAGAGAAUGAUGAGAGCUUAGGCUUAACUGCCAAUCAUGUUAGUGACCACAAGGGGGAAUGGGAGAGAAAUGGACAUAUUCUUCACUCUGAAAACAGUGAAGAUCAGAGGGACAGAUCAGAGGGAAAAAAGGGAGCCCAAACAAAAGCUGACCAUUGUGUGACCUCUGCUGUGAGGCCAGGGUUGCAGGCUGCUGGUCUCCACAGCUUGAAUGCCCAGAUCCCCUCUCUGCUCUCCAUGCCCACAAGGAACCACAUGGACAUAACCAUCCCACCUCUCCCUGAUGUGGUCCCCGAAGUCCUGCGGGUGGCCGAGCACAGACACAAGAAGGGCAUUAUGUACCCAUACAUCUACCAUGUUCUCACCAAGGGAGAGAUUAAGCUAUCUGUCACCAUUGAAGAUGAAGCUAACAAAGACCUGCCUACAGCAGUACAGCUGUUUCGGCCUAUCCGUCAAUAUGUUUAUGGAGUGCUCUUCAGCCUGGCAGAGGCCAGGAAGAAGGCUGAGAGACUUGCCCAGAGGAAGAACUGUCUCCCUGAAUAUACACAUGUCAUGGUCAAAGAGUGGGCCGCCUACAAAGGCAAGUCUCCCCACACUCCAGAGCUGGUCGAGGCUUUGCCCUUCAGGGAGUGGACCUGUCCCAACCUGAAGAAGCUGUGGUUGGGGAAGGCUGUGGAGGACAAGAACCGCAGGAUGAGGGCGUUCCUUGCCUGCUUGCGCUCUGACACUCCAGCUAUGCUGAACCCUGCCAAUGUCCCCACACCCCUUUUAGUGCUCUGUUGUGUGUUGCGGUUUAUGUUACAUUGGCCAGGAGUAAGAAUUUUGCGUCGUAACGAACUUGACGCUUUCCUAGCCCAAGCCCUCUCUCCUAAACUUUAUGAGCCUGACCACCUACAGGAACUGAAGAUCGACAACCUGGACCCACGAGGAGUCCAGCUGGCUGCGCUGUUCAUGAGUGGAGUGGACAUGGCUCUGUUUGCCAAUGAUGCAUGCGGACAGCCUAUUCCUUGGGAACACUGCUGUCCAUGGAUGUAUUUUGAUGGCAAGCUGCUUCAGAGUAAACUCAUCAUGGCCAACAGGGAGAAGGCCCAGCUCAUUGACCUCUGUGAUGGUCAGGUUGAACUGGUUGCCAAGGUGGAGAAGAUGCGUCAAAGUAUCUUGGAAGGUCUCAACUUCACUCGUCAACCUCAUCCUCCUCCAUUCCCCCCACCACCACCUCCACCUCCACCUCCUCAUGGGAUGCCUUUCUACACCCCCACCAGUUCUUUCUACCCCACAGCCCCUAUGAUGCCUACUCAGGGGAGAGGUAGGGGGAUGCCUGGACUUCAAGGAAUCUCAUCACAGGGCGGGAAGCUGGAGAUAGCUGGCACUGUGGUGGGUCAGUGGGCUGGAACUCGGCGCAGCAGAGGAAGAGGAGGCCUCCCCAUCCAGGUGGUGUCUGUUGGUGGACCAAAUAGAGGUCAUCUGAGAGGAGUGAUUUCCACACCUGUUAUAAGGACGUUUGGUCGAGGAGGAAGGUACCACACUCAAGCCUUCCAAAGUCAGGGAACAUACCUGAAUGUUAAGAACGGCCUACUGUGAGUCAUGGCAGCUGCAGACUUGGCUGGAAUCCAGGUGGCUGAGGUUGCGGUGGUAACCAUGGAAACGCAGGAUCCAGGUGGAUUCUCCCAGAGGCCGUGUCUCCAGUUGUCACAAUGACGGAUUCUGAUGGUGUCUCCACAGUUCAGCAUUAGUUGAGUUUAUUCGUAGACUUUCUGUCUGGGCAAACUUAGUUUCUUGCAGGUUUAUUUGCAGGCAGUUGUGUAGUCUGCGGGCCUCUCUCGCGGGUUGAGAGAAAUUAAGCUCUCACAUAGCCUACUUAACGUUUGCUGGGUGACUUUAGAGGAGGCUGGUGUUUAGAGGAAUAGUCUAAAAUGGUCAAAUCUUCAGAUAAAAAUGCAGGAUUAUCAAAAAAAAUAUAAGUAUUCAGAUGCUUUUGUUCCUUUAGCUUACCUUGACGUUGCUUGGCGUAAGAAAUAGAGAAAGUCACUUGCGCGUAUAGACAAAAGAAAAAGUAACUUGCGGAGCACGUGGUGGAUAGAGAGCAAAGGAACACAGAAAAUUAUAGGGCAUGGCCAGUGGCUGUGUAGCUUGGAGCUGAUUUCAACCAAAGGCAUUUAUCUUUGUGCACUAGAGUGUUUAUUCUCUUUGAGGAUAGUGUCAGGUUUAAAGGCGGAGUGAGGUGGUCUCAGCCAAUCAUGAUUUGUUGUCCUUUGUUGUCGUUUCAUGAUGCGCCAAAUGUUUUCUAUUGGUGAAAGGAUGCAGUAUGUGGUUUAGUAUUGUCUUGCUGAAAUAUGCAAGGCCUUCCCUAAAAGAGACAUUGUCUGGAUGGGAGCAUAUGUUGCUCUAAAACCUCUAUGUACUUUUCAGCAUUGAUGGUGCCUUUCCAGAUGUAUAAGCUGCCCACAGCAUAGGCACUAAUGCAACCCCAUACCAUCAGAGAUGCAGGCUUUUGAACUAAGCGCUAAUAACAAGCUGGAUGGUCCUUCUCCUCUUUAGUCCUCAUGGCGUCCAUGGUUUCCAAAAAGAAUUUCAAAUUUUGAUUCUGACCACAGAACAGUUUUCCUCAUUUUGCCUCAGACCAUUUUAAAUGAGCUUUGGCUCAGAGAAGACGGCGGCAUUUCUGGAUCAUGUUCACAUAUGGAUACUUUGCAUGAUAGAGCCGUAAGCUGCAUUUGUGGAUUGCAUGGUGAACUGUGUUCACAUACGGUGAUUUCUGGAAGUGUUCCUGAGCCCAUGCAGGGAUUUCCAGUAGAGAUUCAUGCCUAAUUAAUUGUCAAAUGCUCCUCCAGUUAUUUUUGAUUUGUGCCAAUUACUACAACACCUGAUAUGUUAUGUUCUAUUGCUAAUGAAAUAUGAGAUUUGCAGAUGAUUGCAUUCUGUUUUUAUUUACAUUUCACACAGCAUCCCAACUUUUUUGGAAUUGGGUUUGUAUAACUUGGUGAUGCUAAUACUUAAAGAAAGACAGUGCAUUAAUACAAACAUGCAUUAAAACACAUUUCUUGCAAAUCUUAACACAGUUAAGCUCAUUAUUUGAUAAAGCUGCAAAAGAAUAAAUUGUGUUCAUCAUUAGUAAUAAAUGAGUGGCACUACAAGACAUGAAGAACAAUCAUUUGAUUCCAAUACCUGACAAACAUUAUGUCUAACUUCUUUAGUUAAGCUUAGACAUGGUCAAUAGAUGGCAGUAUGGUUCCAUGGCAAAUAUUUGAAUUAAUUCCUCAUAUUACUAGCUUAGCUUAGCAACAUUAUAGGUGCCAGGCUGAUGUCAGGCUGAUGCCAGAUGUCGCUACAGUGUAUAAUUUAAUAUUGGUAUAUACAAGGUAUGGCUAUUAAAGAAACAAGACUAAUGUCAUAUAUUUUUAUUGAACAUAAACAUUUUUCAAUGUCUUUCUCCUUCAAUACCACUGCAUUUGGGUCUUCCACUGAUCAAAGCAGUGCAGUAGGUCUUCUUCUGGCAGUUGUCUCAGAACCUCUGUUGUUCUUUACUUAACUUCUGACACAGACUAAAAUGUGUUUCUUUGGCCACAGGUUUGAUCUUAGGAAAAAGGAAAGAGUCACACAGUGCUAGAUCAGGUGAAUAGGGAGGGUGAUCAAGCACUGUGAUUUGUUUUUGGGCCAGAAACUGCUUUAUCAAGAGCGCAGUAUAAGCUGGCGUGCAGACAUUUUGGGACAACUUUGGCACACACUUAUGUCAUGUUCAAAUUUUCAUGCAAAAUUUGCUGAACUGUCUCUUUAUCAAUGGAGAUCAUUUCUGCUGUCAUUGUUAUACUGAGUUGUUGAUCAUUUCGAAUUAUUUAUUCAAUUUGUUGAAUGUUUUCAAAAGUUUUUGAUGUGCAUGUGCACCCAGAAAGUUCAUCAUCUUGGACAUCCUCUCUGCCUUCACAAAAUCUUUUGUGCCAUUCAAAUAAUUCGAUAUGAUAAAAUCUGUUGGAGGAGUCUGAUCAAUGCAACAUCCCCAAAUAGCAAAAAAGAGCCAAAAAUGAGCAAAAUUUGCACAUUAAAAUUAAAAUGGCUGACUUCAUUUAGGUUUUAGGCCAUGAUAUCAGUAGACUUUUUUGUACAUCUUGGCAUUUCACAUAUGUCUACCUAGUACAAGCCAAGCCCAAUGGCAAGGGGUUUUUGAAAAUUUCCGUUGGCGCUUUAGAGCUAUUUUCACCAGCCAUGCACAAGACCCCUAAAAUAUGUAAACUGUCACCAGAUCUGAUGCGUGUGCAAAGUUUCGUGAGUUUUUGAGACUGUUUAGGCCCUCAAAAAUGUGAUAUAUUUGCUACAGGAAUAAUAAUGAAGAAAAUAAUAAUCCAAGCAGUUCCAAUAAACAGUGUUCAGGCCAUAAUUAUCCUCUGCAAAUUGUGAAUUUCAAAUUUCAUGGCACUUUCACAAAUAGUUGUUGCUCUAGACCAAAUCAGUUUGAAAGGCAGUCAUGUUUUAGGCCUUGCUGCUUCAGAGCAACGCAUUACAAUGGUGGAAUGCUACCAUUAAUUUAGAAUUUAAUGCAUCCAGUCAAGGGACAUAUGGGUCUUGGUAUUAUGGUAUAUAGGUGGAAUAUACAGUACAUUCCUCAAGAACUGGAAGAACAACUUCUAGUAUUUCUAUUUUAGGAAUGUGUGAUCGUCCUAUCAGUUGUUAUUAGGCUUUAUCAUAGACUGUUUAAUUACAGUGUACAGCGUACACAACCAUUGUGUGAGGUUUCAGGGUGUGUAGGAACUACAGCCUCUCAGCAGGUCUUUGUGCUGUUUAAAAGCCCUUUGUUUUACUGUUAAUUAACCUCUACAUUACUCUUCAGUCUUUUUGUUGUUGUUACCAGGACCUUCAGCCCACAUUUGUUUUUUCCCCAUGUGUUACACAUCUCAGUCACUGUUGCAGUGUAAUAGUUUUUGGUAUCCGUUUAACAUUCUUUUUGUCUGUCUG